AUGGAUACUUAUUAUCCUCCAACACGUAGUGAUUUUCGUUGUGCUUUAUGUCAACAAAAAAAUGCCUUUCAUUGUGAACAUGAUACACCUUAUCGUGAUAGAUAUUUAGGCGCAAAUGUUCCAAAUACAUCAGAAAGUUAUGACAGUCAAAAUCGAAAACCAAGAAAUUCAAGUAGAUCACAGAAUAAUAAUGAAAAUGAUAAAAAACGACGAACAAAUUCACUUAAUAAUGUUCAACAUCAACAAAACCAAAGAUAUGAGACAAAAAAUAAUACAAAUGUGAAUACGAAUACAAAUACGACUGUGACUACGACUACGAAUACGAACAGUACUCAGCAAAUAACAGUUGAACAAAAGAAAAAAUCGAAAUCGUGUGUUAUUUUAUAG